UUCGACAUCUCAACACGUGUGUAGUUGACGCUCAUUGCGUAACGAUGUCAAGUAGUUAUCUAAAUACAAUGUUACUGAUAACCAUAUAUUAAGAAUAACAAUGAAUAUGGAAAAAAUUGAAGAUUUUUUACCGAGUCAAAGAGAAACGGUUUUAGUGUUUUUUGUCAAUGGAAAAAAGGUCAUUGAAUCUUCUCCGAAUCCAGAAUGGACCUUACUUUGGUAUUUACGCAAGAAACUUCAAUUAACUGGCACGAAGUACGGCUGCGGGGAAGGAGGUUGUGGCGCUUGCACUGUCAUGAUUUCGCAAUACUUAGAACAUGAGAGACGUGUGAAUCAUAUGGCGGUUAACGCAUGCUUAACACCACUUUGCGCUGUGCAUGGAUUGGCUAUAACAACUGUAGAAGGAAUCGGUAACGUACAAGACAAGUUACAUCCAGUUCAAGAAAGAAUAGCUAAAGCACAUGGGUCUCAAUGUGGAUUUUGUACACCGGGAAUAGUUAUGUCGAUGUAUGCUUUGCUUAGAAAUAAAAUUAAAAUAAAUUACGACGACAUAGAAACGUCUCUACAAGGAAACCUGUGUAGGUGUACGGGAUAUAGACCCAUAAUAGAAGGGUUCAAAACUUUUAUAGAAGUAACUGAAGGUGCAACAGAAAAUCAAAAAACAAAACUCUGCCCUAUGGGUAAAGAUUGUUGUAAAUUCAAUCAAAAUAAUGAAGAUGUUUUGUUCAAUAAGUCGGAAUUUCAACCUUACUGUCCAACGCAGGAACCAAUAUUUCCUCCUGAGUUAAUUUUGAACAAUAUUUACAGAAAUUCCUUUCUUUUUUAUAAAGGCAAUAAUGUUGUAUGGAUACGCCCACAAAAUCUCAAAGAUAUCCUUAUUUUAAAAAAAGAAUACCCAUGUAGCAAAAUUAUAGUCGGAAACACAGAAAUAGGAGUAGAAGUAAAGUUUAAGAAUAAAUCCUAUCCAAUAUUGAUUUCCCCUAAAUUAAUUAAAGAAAUGAAUAACAUACUUGUAAAAGAGUCAUGUAUUGAGAUAGGAGCAGCAGUUUCAUUAAAAGACGUAGAAGACUUCUUACGAAAUCAAAUUCACGAAAGUACAGAAAAGGUCAAGGUUUUGAAUGCCAUAAGAGAUAUACUUCAUUGGUUCGCAGGCAGUCAAAUUCGUAAUGUCGCUUCUAUCGGAGGAAACAUCGUAACUGCUAGCCCUAUAUCAGAUUUAAAUCCGAUAUUUAUGGCUUGUUCUGCUAAUAUUAUAAUUUCUAGUUUUGACAGGGGAGUUAGAAAGUUAGUCAUCGACCAAAAUUUCUUUCGAGGAUAUAGAAAUGUAGCAUUAGAUGACGACGAAAUAAUACUAGCAAUUGAAAUUCCUUUUACGGAUGACAUGCAAUUUUUUAAAGCAUAUAAGCAAGCCAGACGAAGAGAGGAUGAUAUAUCAAUAGUAACUGCUGCAUUUAAUGUUAAACUUGAUAAACAGAAUCAUUUUGUAAAAGAAGCUAAGUUAUGUUUCGGAGGUAUGGGUCCAAUAACCGUUUGUGCCUUUAAAACAUCGGAAUUAUUAAAAAAUCUGCCAUGGGAUGAAGAUAUGGUUAAUAAAGUUUUUAAAUCGCUAAAUGAUGAACUACUUUUAAGCAUUUCGGCACCAGGAGGGAUGCAUGAGUAUCGCAAAUCGUUGUGCCUAAGUCUAUUUUUUAGGUUUUAUAUUUACGUAUUGAAUGAAGUAAAAGGUAUUGGGUUAGAAAAUAAUAAUAAAGAUUUAUGUGGAUCUUCUGAACUACCACGCACGAAACCAAAAAGUUCUCAAUGUUUUGAAAUAAAAGUCAAGAAUAAAAUCAACCAUAAUGCUGUUGGAAAACCUAUACCUCACAUGUCGUCUAUGAAACAGGCCACUGGUGAAGCAAUUUAUUGCGAUGAUGUUGUAAGCGUAGAAGGUGAACUUUUUUUAUGUUUAGUAUUCAGUUCGGAAUCCCAUGCAAAAAUUGUAUCUAUUGACGUUACAGAAGCUUUACUAGAACCCGAUGUUGUGGCUUUUUUUUCUGCAUCAAAUUUGUCAAAAGAGCUCAAUAAAAUGGGACCUAUACUUAAAGAUGAAAAAAUAUUUGCCGAUAAAAUUGUCACUAGUCGCUCUUGUGUAAUUGGUGCCGUGGUUGCAAAAUCAGAGUACGCAGCCAGGAAAGCUAAACAUUUAGUUAAAAUCACUUAUGAAAAAUUACAGCCUGUGAUAAUUUCUAUUGAAGAAGCUAUUCUUCAGGGUUCAUUUUAUGAUGGAUAUCCACGUAAAAUAGAAAAAGGAAAUGUAAAAGAAGCUAUUUUACACUCGAAACAUGUCGUAGAAGGGUAUAUUAGAAGUGGAGCGCAAGAACACUUUUAUUUAGAAACAAUUUCGGCAUAUGCUAUGAGAAAAGAAGAUGAAUUGGAAAUUAUAUGUACAUCGCAAAAUCCAGCAGAAAUAGCAGAUACGGCAGCCAAAGUACUCGGUAUACCAAAUCAUAAAGUGGUAGCUAAAGUUAAAAGAAUAGGAGGAGGUUUUGGUGGAAAAGAAACAAGAGCAGUCGUGUUAGCAAUACCCGUUGCCGUGGCUGCAUAUAACUUAAAAAAACCAAUACGAGCAGUUUUAGACAGAGAUGAAGAUAUGCAACUUACCGGUUAUAGACAUCCAAUGCUUAUUAAAUAUAAGGUUGCCUUUAAUGAUGAUGGUAAGAUCACAGCUGUAAUUUACGACUUAUAUGCUAAUGCUGGAAAUUACAUGGAUAUUUCAUGCUCGAUGUUAGAAAGAGCAAUGGCACAUGUAGACAACUGUUAUUAUAUACCAAACAUAGAAGUGAAUGGAUAUCUUUGUAAAACAAAUAUGCCAUCAAAUACAGCUUUCAGGGGUUUCGGCGCACCGAAGGCUAUGUUAGCCGCAGAAGCUAUGAUAAGGAAAAUAGCAGAUAUUCUUGGGAAGAAAUAUGAGGAAAUUGUUGAUAUAAAUAUUUACAAAGAAGGAAAUUUAACCCAUUUUAAUCAAAAGCUUACUUAUUGCACUUUAGGUCGAUGUUGGAAGGAGUGUAUAGAGCUUUCUGAUUAUUGGCAUAGGAAACAGUUAGUAGAAGAUUUUAACAGAUCGCACAGGUGGAAGAAAAGGGGUAUCACUAUGGUUCCAACCAAAUAUGGGAUUUCAUUUCACACUGAUUUACUAAUGCAGGGCGGCGCAUUAUUAUUAGUAUAUAACGAUGGUUCAGUUCUCUUAACAAUAGGAGGAAUAGAAAUGGGUCAAGGACUUUUUACAAAAAUGAUUCAAGUGGCAUCACAAGUUUUGCAAGUAGAUGUUUCGAAAAUUCAUAUAAGUGAAAUGGCAACGGAUAAAGUUCCAAACAGCCAACCCACAGCAGGAAGCAUGAGCUCUGACUUAUAUGGAAUGGCUGUAAUAGAUGCUUGUAAUACUAUAAACAAUAGAUUAGAACCUUACAAAACUAGUAAUCCGAAUGGAAAAUGGGAAGAAUGGGUUUUCGCGGCAUACUUAGAUAGAGUAUGUUUGUCAGCGACUGGUUUCUAUGCAGCCCGAAAAAUAGAAUACAAUCGAGAAACGAAUGUUGGAGAUCUAUAUGAAUAUUUUACCUACGGUGUAGCGUGUUCUGAAGUUAUUAUCGACUGCCUAACUGGCGAUCACCAAGUUUUGAGAACAGACAUUGUAAUGGAUGUUGGAGAAAGUUUAAAUCCCGCUAUCGAUAUUGGUCAAAUUGAAGGCGCGUUCGUUCAAGGAUAUGGAUUUUAUACGAUGGAAGAAAUGUUAUUUGCACCGAGCGGCGAAGUAAUUUCAAAGGGUCCGGGUGCCUAUAAAAUACCUGGAUUUUCUGAUAUCCCUAAAGAAUUUAAUGUAUCACUUCUAAAAGGUGCUCCCAAUCCACGAGCUGUAUAUUCGUCAAAGGCCAUUGGUGAACCUCCCCUUUUUUUGGCUGCGUCAGUUUACUACGCAAUUAAAGAAGCUAUUAAAGCCGCUAGAUCUGACGCUGGAUUUGAUAUGGAAUUUACCCUAGAUGUACCGGCAACAUGUGCUCGAAUUAGAAUGGCAUGUGAAGAUCAUAUCACUGAGCAGGUAAAACCAACUAUUAUGAAGAAAGGAACUCCGUGGAACGUUGUACCCUAAAAGUCAGUACCUAGUAAUUAGAUAACUAAUUACAAAAAUAUAUAUGAUAUUAUUAAAAUAUUGUUCGCAAACUUUUUUAUAGAAC